AUGUCAGAACAAGAAGUAAAAGCACUCGAGACUGCUCCCGGAGCUGAAGAUGCCAAAGCUGUCGAAUCAACUACCGAGACACCUUCAGAUGCAGCUAAAGAAGUAGUCGCGUCCGAAGAGAAGAAACCCGCAGCUGAAGCGGAAACGGGAGACAAAAGAAAAGCUGAAGACGUACCUGAAGUAGAGGAAGACACUAAAAAAGCUAAGAUCGAUGAAGAAGUCCCAGCCGAUAAAGGAAAAGGUAAAGGUAAAUCAACAGAAGAAGAACCUGUAGAAGAAGUUAAAGGUGGUGAUGAUGAUGAUGAGGAAGAAGAGGAAGAUGAAGAUUUCCCAAUUGUUUCUGGAAAAAGAAACAGGAACAAGGUCAAUUACGCCGAUCCCAAAGCAUGGAAGAACGCAGAUCUCGAUCCAAAUGCAGCUGAUGAAGAUGAAGAUGAUGAGGAAGUUGACGCUCCUGAGUCUCCUGAUGAUGACGAGGAAGUCGGUGAUGAUGAUGAAGCCGCCGAGGAAGACGAAGAAGAGGAUGACGACGAGGAGAAAUAG